GCAUAAGAGGGGGUCUCCAACCAUGGCUCAGGACCACUCUGUCUCAGGAGUCCAGCUUCUCUUCUUCUUUCUUUCCUCCAACUCCAGCUCUCCAAAAUGACUGAGUUCACACCGGACCAGAUUGAGGACUUCAAGGAGUCUUUCGGUCUCUUUGACAGAGUUGGUGACAACCAGGUGGCCUUCAACCAGGUGGCUGACAUCAUGCGCGCUCUGGGCCAGAACCCCACCAACAAGGAGGUUGUGAAGAUUCUGGGAAACCCAUCCGCUGAUGACAUGGCCAACAAGAGGAUCAACUUCGACGCUUUCCUGCCCAUGCUCAAGGAGGUCGACUCAGCCCCCAAGGGUACCUACGAUGACUACGUUGAGGGUCUGCGCGUCUUCGACAAGGAGGGCAACGGCACAGUCAUGGGCGCUGAGCUGCGUAUCGUGCUGUCCACCCUGGGAGAGAAGAUGACCGAAGCCGAGAUUGAGUCCCUCAUGAGCGGCCAGGAGGACGAGAACGGCAGUGUGCACUAUGAGGCUUUCGUCAAGCACAUCUUGUCUGUGUAAGAGGCCAGCGGCGGGAGUGCUGAAGAAACUGUAGCUCACCUACAGACAGCCCGACGGUGUUCAGAACAUCUACACUGUUGUCAAAGACCAACCAAGGAAAGACAAGGACUAUGUACAAGGGAUGUUGACGCAACCCCAUCUUGUUGUUUUAUUUUGUUUUCCUUUCCAUUUCGUCUCAAACCCCUCCUCUCUCUCGGGACAUUCGUCAUCACCAUUGCUCUCAUGUAGCCCCCUAUCACUUGGCCUCAACUUCCCCCCCCCCCGGGGCACGUCUCCACUUCCCGCAUGGGGUGAGGAACGGGGGAGAAGGGGUGACCGCUCAUCAAGUGAGGGUAGAUCCCUAACCUUCCCACCGCCACCUCAUUCAGUCACGCCAUCACUGGGCCCAGCAAUGCCAAAGGUGCUGGAGAAGAGUCGUGGAUAGACGGCCAAACGUCUCCCUCUUCCCUGAAAAGUUUUAUUUAUUAUCACUCUGUUCAUGUCAGAAUAAACUUUUCCAACGUACAUCCCA